AAUAUGACAGAAAAAAAAUAUUUUCAUACUGUAAUUAAAAGCGCCGAAUUACAGAAGUCCGGUUGAGUAUAUGUUUUCGAGGGAAGUUAAAUACAAAAAUCACAUUAAUCCAAAAACAGAUGAUUUUACCAAAUUUCAGAAAAUUAUCCGAAGCGACAAUGAAGGAAAGGAAUUUAUUGGCAAGAAAGGAAAAUUGUAAUUGAUUUUAAAGUUUGGUCUUGUAGUGAAACUGUGUGGCUGCUACUUCCAGUUCCAACUACCAAAAGAGCGUUUAGGGUUCACAAUUACAAUUUUUAUUCAAACUUGUUCCGCCUAAUUUUUCUCCAUCCUUCAAUUAAUUAUAAUUUCUGCAGUUGGAGAGAAAUUAAUCAUACAUGGGCGUGAUCGAGUUGUUGUGCAAGACUUCAUCACUUUGUGUAGACAGACCGAUUCCUAGCCCCAUUUGCGGUUCGUUUAAGGGGAAUCUGAGGCGGAGUAGAAUUACAUUUAGGACCCCGCCGGCCUCCUCCUCAGCCGCCGCCGUUCCGAUGACUGAGGAGAGCCCCAAGGAAGGAGGCGGCAAGUUGACUGGGGAUUCAUUUAUUCGGCCGCAUCUCCGUAAAUUGUCCCCAUAUCAACCUAUUCUCCCUUUCGAGGUGUUGUCUAUCCGUCUCGGUAGGAAACCUGAGGAAAUUAUUAAAUUAGAUGCGAAUGAAAAUCCAUAUGGUCCGCCACCAGAGGUUUUUGAGGCUUUGGGCUCCUUGAGAUUCCCUUAUAUUUAUCCUGAUCCUGAAAGCCGGAGAUUACGAGCUGCUUUGGCUGAAGAUACUGGUCUUGAAGCUGAUUAUAUUCUUGCUGGCUGUGGUGCAGAUGAACUUAUUGAUUUGAUUAUGCGAUGUGUGUUAGAACCAGGUGAUAAAAUUUUGGACUGUCCACCAACUUUUACUAUGUACGAGUUCGACGCAGCUGUUAAUGGAGCACUUGUAAUCAAGGUACCUAGGAAGCCCGACUUCAGCCUAGAUGUGGAUAGGAUAUUUGAAGUUGUUGAGCAGGAGAAACCAAAGUGUAUAUUCCUAACCUCACCUAACAAUCCAGAUGGAAGCAUUAUUGAUGAUGAAACUCUUGUGAAAAUACUUAGUCUUCCAAUAUUGGUUGUGCUGGAUGAAGCAUAUAUUGAAUUUGCGGGACUUGAGUCUAAGAUGAAAUGGGUGAAGAAGCAUGAGAAUCUAAUUGUCCUUCGGACAUUUAGCAAAAGAGCUGCUCUAGCCGGCCUUCGAGUUGGAUAUGGAGCAUUUCCAUUGAGCAUUAUUGAAUACCUAUGGAGGGCCAAGCAGCCAUAUAAUCUAUCAGUGGCAGCUGAAAUUGCAGCAUGUGCCGCAUUAGAGAAUCCUACCUAUCUAGAGAAUGUGAAAGUAGCUUUGGUGGAAGAACGUGAGAGGCUUUUCAAGCUUUUGAAAGGAGUGCCAUUUCUAAAUCCUUAUCCAAGCUACUCCAAUUUCAUUCUUUGCGAGGUGACAGCUGGAAGAGAUGCUAAGAAGUUGAAGGAUGACCUCGCAAAAAUGGGUAUCAUGAUUCGUCACUACAGUAACAAAGAAUUAGCGGGUUAUGUCCGUGUAUCCGUAGGCAAGCCAGAGCAUACUGAUGCUCUAAUGGAGGGUCUGAAGCGCCUUUAUUAAUUUUCUGCAGGAUGCUGGAUCACAGAGGUAUGCAUCAAACCUUGUGUAGAAUUCAAUCGAAAUUGUGUAAAAGCUCUCAUUCUUUGGAGAGAGAGGCAGAUUUUGUUAAAAGAAAUUCCAAUUCUACUUUCCUUUCACUAUGCUCAAAGGAGGUGCAGUUUAUUAAGAUUUUGUUUUUCUUAGGAAUAACAUACAUUACAAUUAUGAAAAGCAAGAAAAACACUCGAGAAUCGGUUACUCAGUUCA